GUCUGGUCGGCUUGUGGCGCCACCAUAGAUGUGACGAUAUCCGCAUUCAUGGUCUAUUCGUUACAUCGCAUGAAAAAUGAAUGGGCCAAAACCGAUCGGUUGGUCAACCGCAUUGUAAGAACGGUAAUUGAGACGGGGUGCCUUACGGCCAUAAAUGCAAUUGUGGUCGUAUGUUGUUAGUGGUAUAUACAAAACGUGGCAAGCUGUUUCUUGUUGCCUCUGCCGAAAUUGUGACGAAUCAGUAUUCACUACAACUCUUACAGUGCUGAUGCCAGUUCCCUCAGGUAUGCCAAUAGCUGUUGGUCUCACUGAACAACAAAGUCCUGUUACGUAGAGAGGCCUCCGAAGUCGACCUAGGAUUUCGUCUAACUCUCUCGGU